AUGUCAGCAGAGGAAGAAACCAAAAAAGAAGGCGGGGAUGAUGCACCAGUUGUUUCUGCCACAGCUGCUCUGCUGGGUCCUGAAGAGAAUGGGGGGUUUCGCCUCUACUUGAACGAUGAUCGCAAGAAUCUGGAUUGUCGUUUCUACGAAAACCAAUUCCCGGAAAUUGAGAGUGUGGUGAUGGUCAAUGUGCGUUCCAUUGCCGACAUGGGUGCCUAUGUCAGUCUGCUGGAAUACAACAACAUCGAGGGAAUGAUCCUGUUGAGUGAACUGUCACGUCGUCGUAUUCGAUCCAUUCACAGACUCAUCCGAGUCAAUCGUAAUGAAGUUGUCAUGGUUUUGCGUGUUGACAAGGACAAGGGAUACAUUGACUUGUCCAAACGUCGAGUCAGUCCCGAAGAUGUUGCUGCUUGUGAAGAGCGCUUCAACAAGGCCAAAGCAGUUCAUGGUGUCUUUCGACAUGUCUGUGAACGAAGAAAGUUCUACUUGGAAGACAUCUAUGAACGAAUUGGAUGGCCACUCUACAAGAAAUACGGACAUGCCUAUGAUGCCUUUCGUUUAGCCAUUUCGGAUGAAAAGAAUGCGGUGGAUCCCUUCACCGAUAUUGAUGUCCCACAGGAUCUCAAGGAUGAAAUCAAAACGUACAUUUUGCGACGAUUGGCACCUCAACCCAUCAAAAUCCGAUCGGAUAUUGAAGUCAGCUGCUUUACCUACGAAGGGAUUGAUGCCAUUCGCGAUGCCCUAUUUGCGGGCAUGGAGGUGGGAACUGACAAUUCGCAAAUCAAAAUCAAACUGAUCGCACCUCCUAUCUAUGUCAUGUCGACAACCACACUGGAAAAAGAAGUUGGAAUUGCUCUGCUCAACUCGGCGAUUGAUGUCAUUCGUGGAAAGAUUUCAGAAAAGGGAGGUAAAAUUGAUGUCAAAAUGGCACCCAAGGCUGUCAGUAUCAAGGAAGAAACAGAAUUGGCAGCUAUGAUGGAACGAAUGGCACUCGAAAAUGAAGAAGUAGAUGGUGAUGCACCAGAGGAUGAGUAA